AUGUCGCCGUCCCACGAAUCUUUCAACGUCUUCGCAAAACUUCCCAUCGAAUUUCGCUUGAUGGUGUGGAAUCAUUCCAUAUCUCCCCGCGUCAUAGAAGUUCAAUACAAUCAUACUCAAAACUCCUGUAUCUCGAAAUGUGUUCCCUCUCUACUCCUCGUUUCCCACAAAGCUCGAGCUGAAGCUCUUAAAAGAUAUGAACUGAGCUUCGUAACUCGUACGAAAGUCAAAUCGUCAAUCUAUUUCAACUAUGAACUCGACACUGUCGUCUUCAUUUGGAAAUCAUGUCGAGAAAACUAUGUGAGCAACUGUGUCCGUUACGAAGAGUGUCGUCGAAUCAAACGCAUCUGUAUUCUGGAUAAGACUCUAUACUUUCUAGUCAACAACCAGAUGCGAGAUUUAUCUGCAUUCACAGGGCUCGAAGAAGUCUCCAUCUCGGGAUGCUGUGGAAAUGUCAUGAAGUCUAGAGAAUGUCCUAAUGUCACUUCACACCUGUUAAUAUUGGAAGAAUGGUUACUGGAAGUGGGUGCAGAGGAUGUGAAUUAUGAUCGAAUGAUACCGAGACUUAUUUGUCUGGAGGGUGGAGGAAAUUGCUCGAGAUAUACUUGGUUUCGAGAGUGGAAUGAGUGGACCGCGCUGGCUGGAGGUUUAUCAGGGGGCUUACGGAAGGCUACUUGGACGAGAAUGUUCACAGAAGCUUGGAGGACUCUAGUAGAAGAGAUGGUGGAUGCGGUUUGA